CUUUCAUAAUCUUGUUGCAUGUUUAACUAAAUCAAUAUGGCCCGAAUGAAUCGCCCAGCUCCUGUGGAAAUCACCUACAAGAACAUGAGAUUCCUGAUCACACAUAAUCCAACCAAUGCAACCUUAAACAAAUUUAUAGAGGAACUUAAGAAAUACGGUGUUACCACAGUGGUAAGAGUGUGUGAAGCUACUUAUGACACUGCUCCGGUGGAAAAAGAAGGCAUUCAGGUUUUGGACUGGCCCUUUGAUGACGGUGCUCCACCAUCCAACCAGAUUGUUGAUGACUGGCUAAACCUCCUUAAAGUUAAAUUUCGUGAAGAACCUGGUUGUUGUAUUGCUGUACACUGUGUUGCUGGUCUUGGAAGAGCUCCAGUCUUAGUUGCUCUUGCACUGAUAGAAUGUGGAAUGAAGUAUGAAGAUGCAGUGCAGUUCAUAAGACAGAAGCGGCGUGGAGCUUUCAACAGCAAGCAACUUCUGUACUUGGAGAAAUACCGCCCCAAGAUGCGUCUGCGCUUUAAAGACUCCAAUGGUCACCGAAAUAAUUGUUGUAUUCAGUAAAGCUCAACAGCCUAUAGUACUUCUUUGGAAAUAAAGGAUGGAAACUAGAAUUAAGCAGACUGCAUGCCAAAGACAUGAGUCUGGUAUUUUUUAGUAGUAAAGGAAGCUUCCUUAGGAGUAUUUAUUAGGCUAAAGGCUCAGUAGAAAUGCAACUUCUGUGUUUAGAUAAAUAUCUGUCUAUUUGGAGACCCAGUAAAUGUUUUUGCUGUACCCUGUUUCUGAGCUGUCUCCUUGUUCAUUAAUUAUCAGAUCAAAUAUCCUUUAAUCAUGCCAUUGAGUCUUACUGACCUAGUUUCAACUACUAAAAAUUGGGGUACUAAAAUAAAUCAAUCUGUAGAGAGAUUAGGUGCCAAAAUACCCAGCAUAUCAGCUACAUGUUUUUCCUUAAAAUGGGCAUAGUUCUGAUGAUGUGAGAACUACCAGCUUAUCUGGACCUUACUAUCUUUUUUUCUACAGUCAUUUCAAUAUUGAAGAAUAUGGCCUCUAAAAGUAGUCUUGCCUGCUCACGGUAUGUUUUGUCUCCCACAAUCGCACUAGAAUUAUCAAGAUUUGCACAGUCUGUCUUUUUAAUACUAUGAAUUACAGCAACUUUUUACCCCUGCAUCUGUACUUUUCUGUUACCUGAACCUCUCCAUAUUACAAGUCAUUACUCUGGUUAUUCAUGUAGAAGAUCUUUUAAAUUGUACUGAAGCACACAAGUCUUUAAUGUCUCCAGACAAAAAGCCUUACAGUAAAAUUAAUGUUGGCACUUCAUGUGCAACUUAACAGAGGGCCUGAAAAGGUUGGGAGGGGCUAUUUAAUAUUUCUAGUAAAAUGUUGCCUUUGUCUUGUGCAGGAAGUAUAGAAUAUGCCCUUUACUUUAGUAAAUAUUUUUUUAAAACGUAGAAAUGCUUUGUUAUUGUAGCUAAAAAUUCUUAAUCAGAAAAUUUCUGAAAAAUCUUGUAGUUUUCUUUUACUGUACCUAUUGACAGUUGUUUACCAACUAUUGCUUUGUUGAAAGUGUGAUCUUUUUCUUUUCUUUUCAUUUUUCCUCCUUGAGUUUCUGCUAUGACUUGGGCAGACCUCUGUAAUAUUUUGUAUGCCUUUCAAGCUGCGUAACUUAAUAUUUGGAUACUUGAUAAUUUGUUUUAUUAUGUAAUUGAUAAAAUGGUGAUGUGUAUUAAUGUUAGUUCAACCAUAUAUUUAUACUGUCUUGGGAAUGUGUGGUAAUAGUUCUGUGGGAGAAAUACUUUUGCCAGUGUUCACCAGCUUGUAAAAUCUAGUGCGAGAGCUUAAAACAUCUAAAUAAAGACUGAAAUGCACUUA